AUUUCUUUGAGCAGCAGAACGUGGGUCACCACGCACCCCCGUCUCAGAUGUGAGCAAGAGCUAAGGAAAUGAGCACAUUCCCAUGCGCAGCAGGGGAUGAACAGUUAGGAGCGAGAGAGCCGGCAAGCAAGUGGGGGCCACCCAGGCUUAUCGGUUUCCCUCGUCCUGCCUUUUAGUUGGCUAAGCGCAACACAAGGCGCCGGUGGGGUGCUGCUAAGGCUCCGCCUUUGGGGGCUGUGCGCUGGAAGCCGGCUGGGUGUCGGCAGCCAAUGAAAGCGCGGAGCGAUGGGCGGCUCCUGGCCGGUGACUCGAGGGUGCUCCCGCAGCUGCGACUCAUCGCUUAAAUGCGGCUGGCUGGACCGAUAGCUUGGAGUCUUGUAGGCAGGGAGCUGUGUUUCGCCCCUGUCGCCAUGCCGGCCGUACUGAGUCAACCCUGAGCUUUUCAGUCGAGUACUGCCUCCGUUGGGUUUUAUUUGUUCCUUUUGCGCUGCGCGUUCCUCCGCUACGCUCUCACGUUACGGAAAAGCCGAGCCUUAUCCUCGCCUAGCCUGCUAGCCAGCGCUGAUGGCGUGUCCUCCCAGAAUGGAGCUGGAAGCCUCGAUGGAGCAGUCUGUUCAGACGCGCAUCUUCAAGAUCAUCGUCAUUGGCGACUCCAACGUGGGCAAGACCUGCCUGACUGUGCGCUUCUGCGGGGGAGCCUUCCCGGCAAACACCGAAGCCACCAUCGGCGUGGACUUCAGGGAGAAGGCGGUGGAGAUAGAGGGAGAGCACAUAAAGGUGCAGGUCUGGGACACAGCAGGCCAGGAAAGGUUCCGGAAGAGCAUGGUGGAGCACUACUACCGCAAUGUGCAUGCUGUUGUCUUCGUCUAUGAUGUCACCAAGAUGGCUUCCUUCAUCAAUCUUAAGACCUGGAUUGAGGAGUGCAAUGGCCAUGCAGUCCCUGCCCUUGUCCCUAAAGUGCUUGUGGGAAACAAGUGUGACUUGCGGGACCAGAUCCAGGUGCCAUCCAGCACGGCCCUGAAGUUUGCUGAUGCACAUAAUAUGCUUUUGUUUGAAACCUCAGCCAAGGACCCCAAAGAAAGUCAGAAUGUGGAAUCUAUUUUCAUGUGUCUGGCUUGCCGGCUGAAGGCCCAGAAGUCUCUACUUUAUCGGGAUAUGGAGAGGCAGCAGGGGAAGGCACCAGAUGGGAGCAGCAAAAACGCCUGUCCCUGCUGAACUGUUGAGGUUGCAAUUCCUGACCAUUUAAUGGGUAUGUGUGUGAGUGUGUGUGAGAAGGGCAGAUGGUUUUGUCCCUUGAUGAACUGAAUCAAGACCUGCUUGUCUCAAUCUUAAGUUAAAUGUUAAGUUAAUAAUAAAAUUUGUAUGGCAUUCA